AGAUGACAGGCUGCCAGACUCCAGUGCCCAUCGCCUGCCUGAAAAUGUCUCUUGGGCUCUUUUUUUUCCCCCCUUUUGUCCUUUGAAACAAUGUGGAAAUGGCUGGGAUUUUUAUCGUGGUGGGGGAAGGAGUGGAUUCUCUCUCCAGACAGGAUGAUGAGUGUGGCUGUAGGGAGCAAGGCUCCCCAGAAUCUUGAUGCCACUCUAUAGCCCUCUGUCCCAUUCAUUCAGGGGUAGAAGCUGACCAUUCUGACUCCAGAGACUACUCUGGUCCCACUGGGAAGGGGAGCUUGACAGGGUAAAGGAGCCACACCCCUGGCUCUUAGUUUUUGCUCUGGGAGUCUGUAGGAGUCGGCUUCUUCUGGCCCCUUUCUCGUCUUCCAGCAACACUGGCCUCCAUCCUGUCUCUGAUUUAUUGCCUCAGGUUUUUCAGUCUGUCCUUUCUGCUUCCUACCACCAGCCUCAUUUUCUCAACCACUUAGGGAGCUUGAGCAAGUCGGUAAAUGCGCUCAGGAUGACCCUGAUUUCUGGGGGACAACAUGUUUUGGUCUUUGUCCCUGGCCCAUGGAUUUGCCCUUGAGGAUGGGGUAAAGCCUCUCCCAGCUAAGCCUCCUUGGUCUGAACCACACCUUUUUUGGAGGCAGGGAGGGAAAAGGUAUAACUUACAGAACUCCCCUUGGUGUGGGAGGCAGCAGGAGUGUAGAGGCCCUAGGUUCAUCAGGAUCACCUGGCUCCCCCAGGCUGAGCAGCUGGUGUGGAGGUGGCAAAGGGCCGAGAGUACCCUAGUUCUUCGAUUUGCCCUAACUGGAGCCAACAACUACCGUGAAGAUAGGGAAUGAGACUCUUGCUCCUCCCUCGCCAGGUCCUCAAACCCCAGUUCACUAGGUACAGGGCGCUAUCUUCUGGCCUUGUACUUGCCUUUCAUCUUCCUUGCUUUUAGGCAGGGAGGAUCUUGUCCCCUUAACCAGACAGGAGAGGGGCUGGCAGGAGAGAGAUGGCAGCCAGAGAAACCCAACAUUCUUGGAAAACUGCUCAAAACACGGUUGGUUUCCCACUCUUGAUUCAGCGUACCAAGGUCAUGAUUUGGGGUUUCACUGAAAUCAAUUGCCAUAAAUGUAAUUUCCACAGGCCUGCUUGAGACACAGGCCCUUGUAGGCAUAAAAAUACAAAGGAGGUUGGCUGAAGAAACAAGGUGGGCCUAGAGCUGUCCGGUCCCCUUGUGCCCUCGGGUCGGACAUAUUUUCUAGGCCGACGCGCUUCUCCCCCAGCCCCCAGGGGGCGCUGUGGGCGAAGUCGCCGCACUGCCCGCGGCAUCCCCGGGGAGGAGCCUCUCUGCAGCAGCGGCCGCCUCCGCAAUCGCAAACCCGGAAGACGCGCUCUGGCAGCUGGGAGUGUGGGGCCGGCCCGAUACGGCCAUGCAGCCCCUGGAGGUAGGUCUGGUUCCCACUCCAACGAGGGAGCCGAGACUGACCCGCUGGCUGCGGAGAGGCAGUGGGAUCUUGGCACACCUGGUGGCCUUGGGCUUCACCGUCUUUCUGUCUAUGCUGUCCCGGCCAGGAACCAGUCUAUUUUCCUGGCACCCUGUAUUCAUGGCCUUGGCGUUCUGCCUCUGUAUGGCUGAGGCCAUCCUACUCUUCUCGCCUGAGCACUCCCCAUUCUUCUUCUGCUCCCGCAAGGGUCGAAUCCGGCUCCACUGGGCGGGUCAAACCCUGGCCAUCCUUUGUGCAGCCCUGGGCUUGGGCUUCAUCAUCUCCAGUAGGACCCGCAGUGAGCUGCCUCACCUGGUGUCCUGGCACAGCUGGAUAGGAACUCUGACAUUGCUGGCCACUGGUGGCCAGGCGCUAUGUGGGCUUUGCCUCCUCUGUCCUCGGGCAGCCAGGGUCUCGAGAGUGGCUCGCCUCAAGCUCUACCAUCUGACCUGUGGAUUGGUGGUCUACCUGAUGGCUACAGUAACAGUGCUCCUGGGCAUGUAUUCAGUGUGGUUCCAGGCCCAGAUCAAAGGUGCAGCCUGGUACCUGUGCCUGGCACUGCCUCUCUACCCAGCCCUGGUGAUCAUGCAUCAGAUCUCCAGCUCCUACUUGCCAAGGAAGAAACUGGAAAUGUGAGUUCCACUCAACUCUGAAUCCAAGUGAGACGCUUGCCUUGGACUUCCAUGGUUCCUCUGAUGACCUUCAAGGGACCCAUUUCAGAAGUGGUAGGGUUUUUGCCUUUCUUGGCUGGGCCAGGUGCUGCAAAAACCCAAGCUACUAUUGCAGAGGUGAAGACACAGUGGGCUGAAGUGCAGAAUGUAUGGAGUUCGAGUGGAAAGUAAUGGGGUACUUGAGCCUACAGCCUCCACUUGAGCCUGAAGCCUCCUCUGGACAGAAGUUUGGGGAGGGGGUGAUGGUGGUGGAGGUUAUUUCUUUCUUGCACGCCUGAUGAAGACUUGGGCUCCUGUGAGUUACAAAUGGCAGCUAUGGAUAUUUGGGUCACUUUUGAGAAAGCAGUGUGGUGUAGUAGAGAAAGCCCAUGGAUCUUGUUAUAGGUUAUGUUCUGCUUAGCCUCUGUUGUGUGACCUUAGGCAAGUCACAUGCCGUAGGGUCUCAGGUUCCUUAUCUGUGAAAUGAAUGUUUCUAAACAAUGUAUAAGCCCCUUCUAUCUCUAACAUUCAGUGUCUAUCAAGUUGAUGUCACAGAGCACCCUCCCAGCUCUGGACCACGGGCUGGACCACUUGGCCAACUCAGGAUGUAGUUUUUGCAUUCAUUCUCCCUUUACCCCCCUGGAAGGACAGUUUUGCCCUCGUGGACUUUCAGGAAUCUAUUGAUUUGGUCCUGGAACAAGGCACAAGGGGUCAGGCAUUAUGAAGAGAAGGGGCCCAGGUGAGAGUCUCCUGGACUGCAAGACAGUAAAGGCACUAAUGUCACUUUAAAGCUUUUGGAGGAGCAGAAGGGCAUUGGCUUAAUCAAGCUUCCAGCUCCUAGCUGCACUUAUGGGGAAGAUGAGCCCAGCUAAGAACUUCCUUCAGCCCACCUCACAGAGGCUGCAUCCAGAUCUGGGCUUGAGAGCUGCAGGACCUGGGUGUGCUCCUUCCCCUGACAUCCAUUCCCAGGGGCAAACAGUCCGGGGCAUCUCAUGCCUUGUCCUGUCUUAGGGCUCAGGUUCUUGCCUUAGCACACAGCUUCAUGAAGCGAUUCUGAAGUUUUUAGAACAAAACAAGGGCCAAGGAAGUAGGACUGGGCUCUUCUGAUCCAGGGAGAACAAGGUACUCCUGGUUCUGUUUCUCCCCUUGUCAUUUAAGCUUUCCUCAGUUGUGACUCUAGCCAGCAUUUUGGCCCAGGAGGAGGCUGAGUUUGGUGCCAGCUGGCAGAUGAGGGCUGGGCCCUCUUCCCUGCAGAGACCCUUCCUCAUUCCAGACGGAAAGUAGUUCCCUAGACUGCCCUGGGCGGUGAGGGCCGGAUGCCAGACUGGUUAACUGUGGUCUGGCUCAGUCAGGAAGAUGGAGCCUCCAUAGAUCCUGGCAAACUGAAAACAGCUGAGCCAGGAAGGCUGCUGUUGAGGCAGGUAGAGAUAGCUCGGUGGAAACAGCUCAGUGGAAGCUCUAGGAGGCCUGGAGUGUAGGUGCUGGAGCUCCGGUUCCCAGGAGCAGCGGGAGGUGUUCCUAGAUGUCAGUAAUUUGGAUGUAUUAGGAUUUUGGAAGAUUCAGGAUCCCCUCUCUGGGUGGCUCAGAAGGAGGUUAGUAUGAUCCAACAGUAGAGGAACGGGGACUGCAUGGGCAGAAGUAUUCUAAGUGGACCUCACUGGGCCCCUCCUGGGUCAGAUAGCAUCUCCCAGGAGCUCUCCAGACCCUGAGCAUCUAAACAGAGGUCCCUCCUGUGCAGAGGGUGAUUGUUCCUGUCCCCUUCAUUGCCUUCUCUCUCCUCUCCAACUGUCCAGUGUGGUCUGAACUUGAAAGAAAUGGUUAUUGGGGCUGCAUGGAGGAGAGUCUCACCUAGGGUCACUAUGAUCCAGGGAUUCCAUCUCCUCUCCAUCACAUCUUCAUUCUUCCCAGUGCAGGGGGUCUCAUCCUGUCUACGGCAGGGUGAAAAGGCCGGUUAAGGUUCACCAGCCAGCUCUGUGAACCAAGCAGGCAGCGCCAUAGAGCCUGAGCUUGCCUGAGGUGUUGCCUCCUCCCAGGUGGUGCGGGGGGCUGGUGGGCGGGCAGCCGGGCGGGCAGGCAGGCGUGCUGACAGCCGGCAGUUUGCGUGGGCUGUGCCAGCUGAUGUCUAUUCCCAGCCCUGGGAGGAAGGGGGAAGUCAUUUAUAUUCUGCAGGAGGAAAGGGCCCCUACUAUCACCUCUCUGACCAGCAGCCUUGGAGGGCAGGAUUACAGGGCAGAGAGGAAGGCACAGAUCUCCUGCUUAGCCGAGUCUGACUGCUCAACAGGGAGUAGGUCACCAGGGGGAGCCCUUCUUUCUGGCAGGCCAGACUGUAAGGACUUCCCUUCCCUCCCCUCUUUCCAUCUCUCCCUCCAUCGCCACCUGCCCUCACAUCCUGGGGCAGCAGCUGGACAACCGUUAGACUUCAGUGCCAGGGCACUCGUCUCCAGCUGAGAUCGCAGUGGUGCCGGCCGCAGAUGCCUCCUGCUUGUGUGUUUCCUCCUUCUCACGUGCCCCCUCCAUCCCUCCACCUCCCUCUGUCUCCCCAUCUGGGAUAUUAGCUGGGCUCCUCAGCACCGAGGCAGAGGCCUUGGGGAAGAAGCAAAUGGCUGCCCUUUUUGCCCUUGUCCCCGUGGCUAGGGAAAGCUGCUAGUAGUUAGCCUGUUUUGCCUUUAAAAAAAAAAAAAAGCCAGGGUGCUUAGAUAUUUUGAUUUGUAUAUCAUUUGCACGCAUUUGCAUACCAGGUUCAAGUCCUGAUUCCAAGUAUAAUAUUCAAACUCAACUUUGAGAAUAUUGUAAAUAUAGGUGGGGUGAACAUUCUAGGUCCAGAUGUCCCAACCAAACCCCCAUCUUUCAGGUGACCACCCCUUCCCUUGAGCCCCACCAUGGCCUGGGGUGGUGUCGAAUGGCAGGAGCUCUAUGCCUGGGGAAGUGUCCCAGCCUCACUUUGGCUCUUCAGUUGCGUGGAAGGUAGGCUGCUGUCUCUUGCCAGCCUGUGCUUCCUCUUUCCCCACCCUCUCACCGGGCAGGCCACCCCUCCUCACUCCCUGACACCAGCCUCUCAUUGUCCCCACCUUUCCACCCCCAUGCAUGGCUGCUGUGGGUCUUGUUUUUGAAACCUGACUAGGAGAGCCAGGCAUCCUCCCUGAGCCAGCUGGCUGCUGUGCCAAGGCCUGUUUGGAGUUAAUAAUAAUCAUUAGCUGAAUGGUGCUGGGGCCUUUCAGCUCCAGAUCUCUAAGCACUUGCAGGCUGAGUCAGCCAGGCCUCACUCCUCCCCCCUUUCUUCCUGGGCUGCAGAGUGUAACCCAAUGGGAGGCACCGUGGGAGGGGAGAGAGUCAGGAGUCUUGCCUGCAGCCAUGCCUUGAGGCUUCUCUCAGGCAGUGGGUACUGAGAGCCCUGUGAGUGAAUUAAUAAGGCCUUUGCACCUGGCAAAGGUCAAGAUUUAGGGAGCACAGUGAAUGCUGGACUCAGAACUGUGCUCAGACUGGCAAAGGUGGCACUGACCCUGGACCUCUAGCUCUCCUGCCCUGUUUACCUGCUUGGCUUCCAGAGGACACCCCUGGUUCCAACGCCCUAACCUCAGCAUUUCUGGUGCCCUCUGCAAGCUUAGGGAACAGGAACACUUUUGCUUUAGUGGCCCUGAUGGCCCUGUGUCUAGCUGGCAUAAAUAGCCUGUGCCUCAUGAAUUGAAAAGUGCAUUGGCCUGGGAGGUAGGAGACCUGUGGUCUGGGUUACUCAGUUCCUAACACGGGUGUGGCCAUGGGUAGAUCACUUACUGCUAGACCUACCUCACAGGGAUGUUGUGAGGGUUAGACAUUGGAAAAUACAAAGCAUUAAACGAAUGUGAACAGGU